AGAAUGCGGAUACAGCCUUCGACAGUACCGACCGCGGCGUGGAGGUGCGCGCGCGCAGAUCACAGUGCAGUGUAGUGAUAGUUACGAUUAUAAGAUAAAAUGGCGACUAUAGUAAAUUCAACACAGAGCGUACUAAAAGACACUUACGACUAUUAUUUAUGGACACUGUCGCUUUCAGAUAAAAGAACAGAAGGAUGGCCGCUAGUAGACUCGCCGCUACCGACAGUAGUGUACACGUUAAUCUACCUCUUCAUCGUGUGGAUCGGACCGAAGAUAAUGAAGAACAGGGAGCCCUUCAAACUGACGUGGCUGCUGGUGCCAUAUAAUUUAGCGAUGGCAGCCCUCAACGCGUACAUAGCGGUCAGACUACUGACGGCGUCAUUCAGGCUACGGUAUAGCUACAUAUGCGAGCCGUGCCGACAGAAAUAUGACCCCGACGAAAUGCAGAUAGCUGAUGCGGUAUGGUGGUAUUACUUCUCGAAACUUCUGGAAUUCUGUGACACGUUCUUCUUCAUUCUGAGGAAGAAGGAUGAGCAGCUUACCUUCUUACACGUUUAUCAUCACUCCACUAUGUUCUCGUUCUGGUGGAUUGGAAUCAAAUGGGUGCCCAGUGGUUCAACAUUCCUGCCAGCCAUGGUGAACAGCGGCAUCCACGUCCUCAUGUACACGUACUACGGCCUGUCUGUGUUCGGACCGAGCGUCAGCAAGUACCUCUGGUGGAAGAAAUACCUGACCAUCCUUCAGCUUAUCCAGUUCACAUGCGCUCUGAUCCUCGGCGUGAACGGCAUCAGAACCGGCUGCGAGUUCCCUCUCUGGAUGCACUACGUCCUCAUCUUCUACAUGAUCUCUUUCAUCGUCCUCUUUGGCAACUUCUACAUGAAAGCAUACAUAGCGAAGGGCAGCAGAUGUAUGGAGGUGAGGUACGGGCAAAGCCUUGAUGAUGACGACACAUGCGAACAGAAACUGAAAGACAACUGAGUCAUAACUACCUUCAUAAUUUAUUUUAGACUAAUUACCACUU